ACUUGUGCUCUGCGCGUGCGCCUUUCUUAAGUUUGGCGCGGGACAGCACAAGGAAGAAUUGUCUGUGUUGUUGUCACACUACGCUGCUAGUUUCAGUUACUGCUCCAACUUUGAAGUUAUUCACGUACACACGACCCGCCAACAUGUGGAACCAGGGAGGCUACAGUGAGUCCAUGGGUGGAGGUUACACUCAGUCUCCAGGAGGCUUUGCAUCACCUGCAAUGUCCCAGGGAGGAGAGAAAAAAGGGAGAACGCGUCCGUCACAGAUCAUCCCCUGCACGGUGUCUCAGCUCUGGUCGGCUUCACAGUCGGACGAGACCUUUAAAGUCGGAGAGGUCGAACUGGCCCAGAUCACCUUAGUGGGAGUCAUCAGGACCACAGAAAAGGCCAUCACCAACGUCCUGUACAAGGUGGACGACAUGACGGGUGCUCCCAUAGAGGUGAAGCAGUGGAUGGACACUGAGGAUCCCAGAGUGAACUGCACCGUCCACCCUCCAGGCACCUAUGUCAAAGUGUCUGGAAGUUUGCGCUCCUUCCUGAACCACAGGAUGGUCGUGGCGUUCAACUUGAGACCCCUAGAGGACAUGAAUGAAAUUACCUCGCACAUGCUGGAGGUCGUCCAGGCACACAUGAUGCUGGGUAAACCACAGGGCAUGGUUGGCGGUGUAGGUGGAGAGCUGAGUAAAGUUCCACCCAUGUCACGGAUGACCACGGGGAACAUGGGAGGUGGCUACACGGGCGCUAGCGACAUGGUCAACAACGGGUUAACCGCCAGUCAGAAUCAGGUGCUGAGUCUGAUCAGAAGCUGUCCAGACCCUCAGGGCAUCAGCACUCAGGACCUGAAGCAGAGACUCAGCGGCAUUAGUAUCAAUAUUAUUAAACAGGCCGUGGAGUUUCUUAGUAACGAAGGUCACAUCUUCUCCACCAUCGACGAAGAUCACUUCAAAUCAACCGACAGCGAUGACUAGGUUCUUCAUUUCCCUGUUUUUGUGGGCGUGCUAAUUCUCAGAACCCAUCAGUCCUUCUUGGGCUACAGCCUCCAGACCUUUCUGUUUCACCCACUUUUUCAGAACUGAUGACCAAACUGUCGUCAUCGUUGUCGCACUUGUGUUUUCUAAGUAAUUUUAUAUUUAAAAAAUGAAUCCAACCCAAGUAUUUGGGUGUUUUGUUUUGUUUUUCGUUUGUCUUUGUAACCUUAGAUAAUAAUGAAUCAUUAAAAUUCAUCUGAGGAGAAGAAAAAAAAA